AUGAACGUGACGUGUGGCAAAGACUUCAUUUCCAUCCUAGUGGACGAAGAGUACUUCAAAUACUACAAUGUUGGAGUAGAAGCUGUUCAUUUGCCUAACCCCAGCUGCCGUGCCCACAGAAAAGAGAUCUCUGGAUCAACCUAUUUCACCGUGCACACACCAAUGGACCAGUACACGGCCUGUGGAGGCAAACCUCUGGAGAAGAACAUAACUCAUGUUACAUACUCCUUAACUCUGAUGGCUGACCCACCUGUGUAUGGAAACAUUGUGAGAAAUCCGGCUCUGCAGAUUGUGUACAAAUGCGUCUAUCCGUACAUUCGCAAACUCAGCCUGUCGUUUCCCAUCUUCUCCUUCUCCAGUGAAAGUUUGUUCAAGGUGGAUGAAGUGGACGCCAGAGUGGAAAUGAGCUUGUUUAAAGAUCAGACAUACAAUGAGGCUUUCACUAGUGCUCCUACUAUUAAGAUCGGGGAUCAAAUCUAUGUUCAGAUUCAAGUGAUGGAGCCGGAAGAUUUCUUCCAUCUGAAAGUCAAUGAUUGUUGGGCAACUACGACUCCUCAGGCUAAUGAUAAGACAGGCUUAAGGCACACACUAUUGGAGAACGGGUGUAUCAGCGAUAUAACAGCUUCAUUUGGUAAUGGUACGCCACAUCCUGCAGGAACCAACGGUGAGGGCUCGACUGUCCGUUACUCAUUUGAUAUGUUUCGGUUUCUGCAAGAGCCCCACAGUUUCUACCUGCACUGCACUGUCCAUCUCUGCACACCUGAGGAUCAAAAGUCUUGUAUUCCUGUAUGUAAAACUAUAUUCAAAAGAGAAGUUGUUGUGGAUGAACAGGCCCAAGCACUCCUGUCUUAUGGACCGAUCAAUGGAAUUUUACCAGACAGACCCAUGAUAAAUCUUCUCACACUGGUCCUUCCAUUGGGAGUGAUUUGGACUCUGGGUAUCUUCCUUCUCGUACUGAUCAUUAUAGCUAAAUCUGGAAACAGACGACACAUGACAAAUAGCUAAAUAAAGCUCAC